UAAGAUAUUUAUAUCUACAUUAAUUUUUAUGCUAAUUUUGUGCAAGAGAAUGCACAUUCACCUGUUCAUGCGUCAUGUUCAGGAACAAACUAACGUUAAUGGUGCUAAAACGCCUGGAGAGAACGCCCCUAGGAUUGUCCGCUUUGCUUAUACAGACUUCUCGUGCAGUGGGAAAAAAUGCCCUGCUACUGUAUGUGUUCCAUAUGUAGAAGAACUAUCGAGGAGACGACGGAGAGGACCUCGAACUUCAAUCUUCAUUUGAUCGAAUGAAAAGCUGCUGGUCACAGUUGGGAUUAAAAGAUGGAACAAGCUUCUUGACAGAGAAAGAAAUGCAGCAGGAAAACUAAACAUGGCUGCCCAUCGAAUUCGAACAGCAAAUAACAACAAUGUCAUGCCUCGCUGCAAGUCUGAGGGAACACUUAUUGAACUGAGUUCUGGAGUGUCAGAAGCCAACCUUUCCGAUGUUAAAGUGCCCAGCCCUAGCAGUUUACGACGAGAAGCUACUACCUCAAUUGAAUCUGCUAGAGAAGUCAUUGCCAUUAAAGAUUACUGUCCAUCAAACUUCACCACCCUAAAGUUUUGUAAAGGAGACCAUCUUUAUGUUCUUGACACAUCUGGUGGAGAGUGGUGGUAUGCCCAUAAUAACACAGAGAUGGGAUACAUCCCAGCAGCCUAUGUCAAGCCUGUCACACACCGAGAGUCUUUAUUCUCUGACAGUGGCAUGAUUGACAGCCUCGGAGACAUCUCUAAUGAUGGGUCCAAAGUGCUAGAGCAACGUGGAGAAUGGUCAGAGCACAUAAAACCUACAGUUCCUCAAAACGGAAACCCUUUUGCGACUAAGCGGCUGUCUCUCAACCCGUUCCUUGAUGGCUCCUUGCUAACUGAUCAAAACAGUAUCCAGAGUUCAACGGAUCACCUUGGCUUUGAUGCGUCCUCCUCUCCAGACUCAAAAAACAGCAGCAGUAUUAACGUCAGCAAGUUUGGAAGUAAUAUUUUGGAUACGUAUUGCUUGAACUCUGGCACGGAGAAAGGUCCAGUUCUUAGAAGGAACAAUCCAUUUUAUAGGAGCAAGCGUUGUUACAGCUUGUCUGAACUGUCCAUCUUGCAAUCACAGACAGACGCACCUCCAGAAUUCUUGGGGUUUUUUGGUAGCUUGAAAGCACCAUCACCCGAGCAGUUUCAAAGUAGAGAAGACUUCAAAAAUGCCUGGUUAAACCACCGCAAGUUUACAAGGUCCUGCCAUGACCUAGAUUCCAUUGGUCAAAAUCCUGGAUGGGGUCAAACACAGCCAAUAGAGACCAAUAUUGUGUGCAAACUGGACAGCUCAGGUGGUGCUGUUCAGUUACCUGAUACUAGCAUCAGCAUCCUUGUACCUGAGGGCCAUGUUGCACCAGAUGACACUCAACAGAUAUCUUUAAAGGCCUUGCUGGACCCACCAUUGGAGCUUAACAAUGACAAAUGUACUACUGUGAGCCCAGUUGUGGAGAUCAAGCUGAGUAAUAUGGAAACUAAAACCACCAUAACAUUGGAGAUGAAGGUGUCUGUCGUAGUCAAGAUGGAGAGUCGACAAACAACAGAAGUGAUCUGUGUCCGCAGUGACUGCAAGGAGGGACCCUACAUUCCAGUUCCUCAUGUUUAUAUGUAUGGAGAUACAGUCCAGGUAACUUUGGACAAUUUAGAGCCAUGCAUGUAUGUAUCAGUUGUCGCUCAAGCCCAGGUUGUAGCUCCAUACAAUACAGUCUGGGAGCAUGUUGUAAAGAAAGUUACCCUUGGCGUAUAUGGUCCCAAGCAUAUCCAUCCAUCUUUCAAGACAGUUGUUGCCUUAUUCGGCCAUGAUUGUGCUCCAAAAACAUUAUUAGUAAGUGAGGCUAAAAUGCAGUCUCGCUGUAUUCCACCAGUAUCCCUCCAACUCUGGGGAAAACACCAGUUUGUACUUGCAAAGCCUCAAGAUCUUAAGGUUGGUCUGUAUUCCAACAUCACAAAUUUUGAAGUGAAAAUUAGUGAGCAGACAAAGGUGGUGAGGAGUUUUCAGCUGAAACUUGGCAAAGUAUCGCGCCUCAUCUACUUGAUAUCUGCUCGAGAUCCAGACAACAUCUCGGACUUCACAUUGCGCAUUCAGGUUAAAGAUGACCAGGACUGCAUCCUUGCUCAGUUCUGUGUUCAGACACCACCUCCUCCACCAAAGGUCGCAACAAGCUCGGUGCAGCGGCGCUUUUUAAAGAAAAAAGAAAAGCACAAGUCUGUACUGUUACCGCUCAUCGGAGACACAAAGUACCCUGUGUUUCAGGACAGACCAGUCAAAAAUAUCAAGUUUGGAAAGAUGCUAAAAACUGUCCUUCGGCAGACAAAGAGCCAGUAUUUGCUGGAGUAUGUCAAAGGGGAUGUGAUGGCACUUUUGACUGAAGAAAAAAUCAAACUUAAAGGGCAUCUUUGGACCAAGGAGUGGUAUAUUGGAUACUAUCUUGGUCGAAUUGGAUUGGUACAUGCCAAGAACAUUCUUAUAAUGGGAAAAGUCAAGCCAGUUAAUUUAAAGGGGCCUGAGCUAACAUCUGCUGUUCUUUUAGACCAAAUUCUAAUCCCCUGCAAAUGCCUCACUUACAUGUAUUCCUCAUUGAGGACUAUACUGAUGGAAAACAUAAAUAGCUGGAGAGCAUUUGCUGAUGCCUUGGGCUAUGUCAACCUUCCUCUGGCACACUUUUCUCGUACUGAGCUGAACAGUGAGCCAGAAAAAGUGGCCUGUGUUCUUGAGAAGCUUAAAGAAGACUGCAACUCAUCUGAAGUAAAGCAAAGGAAGUCUUUCCAGAAGGAGCUCUUUACGGCUCUGUUGAAACUGGACUGUCAGGGGCUGGUGGCUCGGCUGCUGAAGGACUUUGCGCUUCUCACUGCAGCAGUGGAAGUGUCUGACCGCUGGAGAGAGCUUGCGGAAAAACUUUCCAAAGUGUCACGUAAACAGAUGGAUUCUUACGAGGCUCCUUACCGAGACACAGAUGGCGUGAUAGAGAGCGAGGCCAUGUGGAAGCCGGCAUAUGAUUUCCUGGUAACGUGGGCAGCCCAGAUCGGUGACAGUUACAGGGACAUACUCCAGGACCUUCACACUGGCCUUGACAGAAUGAAGAAUCCCAUCACCAAGCGCUGGAGACACUUAACAGGAGCACUAAUACUCAUCAACUGCCUGGACCUCUUACGGAGCACCGCCUUCAGCACCGCCCCCCAGGACGACUGUGCCAUAUAGACGUCACGGAUGUGGCCGAAACGACACCCUAUUCACAAUAUAGUGCAAUAUACAGACAGUAUGAUAUACUGUAUAUCAUGUUCAAAAGUCUCAUGGCAAAAUCCAUGCCAUAAAAUGUAACAUGUACCCAUAAUCCUCAGUGCACAACCUGAGCAGUUGAAAUAACUGAUUUUAAGCAUUUUGAUUUUCCUUCAUCGUUUCCUUAGCUUCCCACUGGCAUCUUAAUAGCUGUUUCAUGACUCCUGAGGGGACAAAGGGAUCAAGUCCUCAUGAUUGUAGAUACUCUUUUUAAAAUGUAAUAAAAUAGUGGUGUUUGUAAAUUAGCUAGCUAAUUAGCAAGCUGAUCGGAUCAAAUACUGUACUAUCUUGUAUAACCAAGAACUAAAUCAAAUUCCAGUUGUUCAGAGACUGUUAAGGUAAUUGGCCGUGCCUCUGAUACACACUUCCUAGUGAACAGGGAAACAACCAGGUAGUGUUAGAAACACUAUAGGAAAGGAUGAACUGUGGCUUUAAACUAGGGUCCAUCACACUGGCAAUUCACAUAGACAGUUUAUCAUUUCAUGAAAUAGGCUUGGUGAAGAACGUAUGCUUCCUGAGAUGGUUAUGAACCCCUGACUGAGAAAGAUCUCACGAUUACAGCAAAGUAAUACAAAGAUCUAAGACUGAUAACGAUCAAAUGCAGCACUGUGUGCUUAUCUGGUUUCAUCAUGAGUAACAGCAGUUGCCUUCUCAACUGCUCCAGAGUAGUGUUGUCAAGACCACCUAAACUGAGACCAAGUCAUGACCAAGACCAAGACUUUGAGGGGUUGAGAUCAAGGCAGGGCAAGACAGAGAAAAGACCAGAACCAGGCCAAUGGGUAUGAAAGGGGAUGCGGGGGAGGGGUGACAGCCAUUAACAGGAAAAACAUUUUCAAAUUAGCAACAAGUCACGUUAUUGGUCGCAUUUGAAGCAGGAAGUUUUACAUCCAAUCACAGUAAUGAUCUCAUCUCAUUAUCUCUAGCCGCUUUAUCCUGUUCUACAGGGUCACAGGCAAGCUGGAGCCUAUCCCAGCUGACUACGGGCGAAAGGCGGGGUACACCCUGGACAAGUCGCCAGGUCAUCAUAGGGCUGACACAUAGACACAGACAACCAUUCACACUCAAUUUAGAGUUACCGGUUAACCUAACCUGCAUGUUUUUGGACUGUGGGGGAAACCGGAGCACCCGGAGGAAACCCACACGGACACGGGGAGAACAUGCAAACUCCGCACAGGAAGGCCUUCGCCGGCCACGGGGCUUGAACCUGGACCUUCUUGCUGUGAGGCGACAGCGCUAACCACUACACCACCGUGCCACCCACAGUAAUGAUGUUAACAAAUAUUAGACAACGCACAGGCAAUUUAGCAAAAUCCCCACAGUUGUGGUCUUGGCCGGUCUGGAAAUAAAAUCCAGAAUCUCUAUGUCCGAGACCAAGUAAAAAUGUGGCGAUUCCAAGACCUUCAAAAAGUGGUCUUUAGACCAGUCUUAAGUACUACAACAGAGUCCCUGGUUCAAUCAUGUGUUUUAUGAGCUCAUCGUCUGGGUGGAGUUCCACAAGCCCUCUCCAUGUCAAUGUGGGUUGACAUCUGGGGUCUCCAGUUUUCUUCCAUCUCCCAAAAAAAACAUGGUGGAUGGAUGUGUGUGUGAUACCCUGCAAUGGGCUUCAAUCUCAUACACCAUGUAUUUCCACCGUCUUUGUGCCCAGUGUUCCUGGGACAGGCUCUGAAUCCACCACAACCCUGACCAGGAUAAAGCCCUUACUGAAGAAUGAAUGAAUAUAUCUAUACUGAAUGGUUAGUUAACUUUUUUUUUUCAUUCAAAGUUUUCCAAACCUAAAUAUCAACCUCUGUAUCUUGUAUCAUAUUUUUGACACUGAAAUGUACCGUAUAUUUCAAUGAAAUAGGCAACCUGACAAUCGGUAAUGUCAAACUACUGACUGAACAAUCAUCAUGUGCUAAAAUGUGUGUGAACAAAGAGUUCAGACUCAACAUAUGAUCAGCUGUUAGACCUAUUUCCAAGAGAAUAAAGAGCAUCAUGGAGUUCACAAUGCACUCAAUUCCAUUUUGCGCACCUUAAUGUUCACACGGCUGAACUCAAACCUGUGAAUUGAUUGUGUUUGAAUCAUGGACGUUUCCCAUCAAUUGUAUCCGUUUCAUAUGUAUUAUACACCUUCUGAAUUCAAGCAAGAUGUUUACUCUAAGACUGUUGAUGUCCAUGAACCGCCGGAAAACCAAACUACAAAAAAAAAACCACACACACACGUUGUUAAGUAUUGAUAUUAUUUACCUGUUAUUUUACUGUAGAUUUAGAAUCUGUAUAGAGCAUUUCAAACCGUUUUGACAGUGCACACAUUUGCGACACAAUGAAAUGACUGAAAGAAUCAAAUAGAAUGCUUGAAAUAUGUGCCAAAUACUGUAUUUUAUGUAAAUGUAUGUUCACUCAGUGAAAUUUAUUUGUAUAUGUACAUAGAUUUUUUUUUUCGAAGAUAUUAUUUUAUACCGAUUAUCAAGAACCACUGUUUCCGCUAAGGUUCUACAUACUGAGCAAUAUGACAGCAUAUCUACUGCCUGUUUUUAAGUGUAUACAUUUUUUGCACCAAAUGAACCAUUUUAUUUUUUUUCACGUGAUAUACCAUGCUUGAUUAUUUUUUGUGUGCUAUUGUUGAGUUAAUAUUUUCCCAGAGCAUUUUUCUAUGACCUAAUUGCAAGUGUAAAUACUAUGCUUUUAACAUUUUUAACAAAAAAAAAAUACACUGUACCUGUCCUCACUGCAUGUUAUAUUAUUUUGCUAAAAGUACACUGUUGUAUCGUAUUUAAUGUCUCGAGUUUGAUUUAAUGAAAAGACUCAGCAGCUUUGAAAAUAUAAGACGUGAAAUAAAACUGAAAUCUGUUUAUGGUUGAGAGAAAUAAA